AUGGAUCCAUUAUUUGUUGUCCAUUUGUUGGGAGGAAACAUUUUCUCUCUCGGGACGCGCGCCACAACAACCAUUGCUCCAUUCAUCCGCUAUUACACGGAAGUGAGCAAUAUGAAUGACGGACGAGUCGGAAACAGAAAACCGAACAAGGCUGAGUUUCACGGCCGGACACAUGUCAAGCCCAAGCAAUUUGAUUUGAACAUUUUACUUUUUACAUACGGAUACCUUUCGGAUAGACAUGGCCGAUUUUAUCAGGGUCCCCAUUUCAUCGACAGGGGCAAGACCGCAGCCGGGCAGCUUGCAGGCGAAAAAAAGAGAGACGGACCCACUACCCGCCACUCGGUGAGGUUCUUCACCGAGAGGAACAUCACCAAUAUCGUCGAUAUCGGCUUCACGCAAUGUGUGACCUAUGAGCAAGUCGACCCAGUGGUCUUGCACGUCUGGGCCCCUGCAUCUUACCGCGCCUACAUGUCUGCGAUGCAAUACCUUGCCUUGGCGCAUCACUCAUAUGAUACCUCGAACAAAGGUACACGAUGUACACAGUCUCUCCCUGAAUCUCAUGUGGCGGUUGUUUAUAAGUCCUUGUUUUUCUGCCUUGAUUCUGCCGUGCUGAUACCCCGCGAGGCUGGCGUUGUGAUAGUUGAGUACCAACUCCGCACUGGUUUCCUGCGGUCUUCAGCACAACAACACUACAGUGUCCUACGGCCCAAAUUCACAAAGCACACCACGCAGCCAAUCUUGGCAAUCCUUGCUCGUUCUGGUCAUAGGUAUACAAUGCUGAAUACUCACGAGCCAGGGACCAAGAUCCUCGGAUGGAAUAACGGAAUGGCUCGGUUCCAGAUCUCAGAUUACAGCCCUACGAUAGCACCGGAAUCUCCGAAAGCAACCCAGACCGCCCACGAGGCUCCAUAUCCAAUGAAUCAUCACCAAGUCCUCAACAACAAGUACCUGGGCCGUAUGGUCGAGGGGUCAAAUUCGAGCUGCAGAGGUCCCGGUUAG